CCCGGGCAGGCAGCGCCCGCCGAGCUCCAGCGGCCCGAGCCCGGCUCCUCCCGCGGCCAUGCGGUCCCUCUCCGCCGCGUCCUGCGCGCUGCAGGCGGCCGCGCUGCUGCUGCUGCUGCUCGCCCCCGGCUCCCGAAAUCAGGGGAUAGCCAGUACUACACCCUUAACUACAACUCCAGACCAGAAGUUGCAAGACAAUGACAGUUCAUCCAAUCUUACUGUUGCAUCUUCCACACAAUCUACAACAACAUCUGCAGUCGGUAUGUCCACCAGUACUACCAAUCUGACCAGUACCACUAAGCCCACCACCACGACUUUGCCUGUCACCCUGACUCAGCCCACCAAAACUAGCCAGACAGCAAAUUCCACCACAGCUUCAUCAGUCACGUCAUCACAAUUCAAUAUUACAGCAGUGACCACUUCCAAGACUUCUUUCACUUCUGUAACAGCCACAUCAAAAUCUGAGACUGUCAUAAUCAAAACCUCCAGAUUUGAUGUGGGCAGUUUUGUAGGUGGCAUUGUGCUGACACUUGGAGCCCUAGUUAUCCUCUACAUCGGGUGCAAAACCUAUCACUCCAGAAGAGGCAUUCAGUACAGAACCAUUGAUGAACAUGAUGCCAUCAUUUAAAGAGACUUCAGGGAAGACAGGGUUGGAAACCCAUCCUAUUGCAGAUGUUACAACUUACUUUCCUUUUGUAAAGAUGAUCACGGUCUCUAAACCUGCCUUGGGUGAUCCUGCAAAAUAUUGAAAAGCUCUUUAAGCAUCUUGAUUUUGUAUUUUUUUUUGCAUUGCUUUCAUAAGGAGAGGAACUCAGUGCUUUGUAGAAACAGGGUUUUCAUUUUUCAGUAUGUAACCAAAUUUAAAGAAAUGCACAUACUGAGUCAGUUUAAAGUACACGCACAAGUAUCUGAAAGAGCUAAUUACUAGCACAGUCAAUAGCAUCAUUGCAAUUCUAAGUUCAGUUAUUUCCCACAUAUCAUAUAAAUCCAGUUUGUUCCAUAAUGGAUAUAGUAGGUCAAAUAAGGUACCUUUAAAAACAAGCAUAAGUUUUUGCAAGUAAAAUAGAGGCAUUUUCUCUAAUAUUUUGUAAGAAAUUGUGUUUAUUUUGAACUUUGAUGUGAACCUUAGUUUACACAUCUUGGAUUUUGAACAAUUCAGUUAGUUAAUUUUUGUUAGGCCAUGAAAGGACAUGGUUUGCUAACUGUAUAGAAGGUGAGAAUGAGUAAACUUAAGUCAUUAGCUUACCAAUGACCUGCAGAGACUUUCCUUAACAGACUGUACAGUGAGACUAGCUGCAGGAAGCAUGGACAGACUGGAAAUAGCCAUCCACAACCCUUUUCUCUACAUGGGUCAUUCUGAGAAGAUGGACUAUGCAACAUGGACGUAGCUUCUGUAUUCUAGCGUGUCCUGAUGAAGCAAUGUGCAAUUGAAGAUGAAACAGGAAUGGGAAAAAGUAAUUGUGCCAUCAAAAUAUGACAUAAAAUAUGAAAAUUCCUUCUAAAAUUGCUUUUAAGUUGAAUGUAGCAAUCACUUCACUCUUGGGUUUUAUUACUAUGAAGUUGUAUGUAAUGAUCUAGCAACAUUUGAUAAGCAUUGAAAGUUACACAGAGAAGUGGAAAAUAUGUAAGAUAGCAUUUUAGAAGAAUAUUAUAUGCGUUUUUACUACUGUUUUCAGAACUUGGUACUGCUGCACAGUCCAAAGCCCACUGAAGGCAAUGGGGCAUCUCUCAGAAGGCCUUUAGAUUAAGGCCCAAAUACACUGGAGGUCCUGCCCAAGAUGGCUGAUGCUGCUUCCAUAUUGCUUCAGUGUUUACAUGGAGGUAACAUGGAGUAGACAGGCUCCUGAUUUACACUGGUUUACGAAAAACAGGAGCAAGGACCAAGAAACACAGGCCUGCAUCUCGUUGUGUCACUGUUAAUCAUUCAGUCCCUCCCAGGCUCCACUUGUAGACCUCUCUGUGAUGAAGAGAGUUGGUGUGGUGGGGCUUGACCAUCCUGGUUACUUCUGGCACUCAUGCAGGACACAGAUGGGAGGUGGCAACAGUUGAGGAAGGGCACAAGAGGAACUAACUGCAUAUUGGUCUGUCAGGGCGCUGGGACAGAGCACACUGUGGGGGAAAAAAAGACUGCAGCUCUGGCACAGGUUGAUUUUUUUUGUUGAGCAAUGGUUUAUUCUGACAUACAAGGGUAAAGUAGGUGCCUGGAUGUUUUUUCCUGCACUUCCAACUCCAGCAAACCAUGGUGAAUGAUUAGAGUUAAUAACACCAGCCCCACACUUGCAGUGAGCAUAGCAGGGCUGUUCCAUCUUUUUCUGAGAUUGAGGUAGAGGGGGAAAAGGGAUUUCAAGUAACUUCUGUGAUUUUUCUUAAUUACAUUGUUUGGUGAAAAACUUCUGGUUUUGACUUGAAGACUUUGAAAACAAUUCUUCCAUAGAACUGCAUUUCCUUACUUUGUAGAAAUUAAGACAGAUAAGUGCAACCCAAUUACUGGAAUUGUCUCACCUCUGUUGUCCAGGUGAAUAAAUAAAAUGAAAUCUUUGGAGUUA